UAAAGGAAAAUGGCUGAGGCCAGUAUUUCAGUAGAUCAGGACCAGUUCAUCUGUCCAGUGUGUCUGGAUCUCCUGAAGGAUCCGGUGACUAUCCCCUGUGGUCACAGUUUCUGUAAGGUGUGUGUUAAUGGUCACUGGGAUCAGGAGGAUCAGAAGGGCGUCUACAGCUGUCCUCAGUGCAGAGACACUUUCACUCCAAGGCCUGUUCUACGCAGAAACAACAUGCUGGCUGAAGUGGUGGAGAAACUGAAGGAGAAAAAGAAGACUGGAGUCCAAGCUGCUUCUCCUGCUCACUGUUACGCUGGACCUGGAGAUGUGGGGUGUGAUAUCUGCACUGAGAGAACACGCAAAGCCGUCAAGUCCUGUCUGACGUGUCUGGCUUCAUUUUGUGAAACUCAUCUAACACCUCAUUAUGGAGUUCCUGGUUUGAGACAACACACAUUAACUGAAGCCUCAUCAAAACUUCAAGAGAAGAUCUGCUCUAAACAUAACAAACUGAUUGAGAUCUACUGCCGCACUGAUCAAACCUGCAUCUGUUAUUUGUGUACGAUGGAUAAUCACAGAGGACACGACACCAUCACAGCCGCAGCAGAAAGAGCUGAGAAACAGAGUAAAAUAAGGAGGGAGCAGAUGAAAUCCCAGCAGAGAAUCCAGGAGAAGCAGAAGAAGGUGCAGGAGGUGAAACAGGCUGUGAACACUAUAAAGCUGAGUGCACAGACAGCAGUAAAGGACACGGAGAGGAUCUUUACUGAGCUGAUCAGCUUCAUCGAGAAAAAGCGCUCGGAGGUGACGGAGCUGAUCAGAGCUCAGGAGAAGACUGAACUGAGUCAAGCUGAACGACUCCUGGAGCAACUGGAGCGGAAGAUUGCUGAUCUUCAGAGGAAAGACACUGAGCUGGAGCAGCUUUCACAAAUACAGGAUAACGUCCAGUUCCUCCAGGCUUUAGCAUCUGGACAUCGAUCUCCCCCAAUGGACAGACCAUCAUUUCUGUCAUCCAGCAUCCGUGUCAAUCAACAUCUCUCAUUUGAUGGAGUGGGGAAUUCUAUCUCAGAUCUGAAGAAGAGACUCGAGGAAUUCUAUAAGGAGGAAUUCAACAAAAUCCCUCCACAUGGUAAGAGGAGCUCUGCAACAGUUCAGAUCUUUUCACCACCAGAGCCACAGAGCAGAGAAGAGUUUCUGAAAUAUUACCGUUAUCUGACUCUGGAUCCCAACACGACACAUCGUAGACUCAUUCUGUCUGAGAAGAACAAAGUGGUGUGCUUCAGUAAGAGUGAGCAGCCAUACCCUGAUCAUCCAGAGAGAUUUGAUCACUGGGUUGAGGUGUUGUGUAAGGAGAGUGUGUAUGGAUGCUGUUACUGGGAGGUGGCGUGGAGCGGUGUUAUGUCCAUAGUAGUCUCAUAUAAAGACGUCGGUAGGAAAGGAGGGGGUCAUGACGCUAUGUUGGGACACAACAAUAAGUCCUGGCGUCUGUGGUGUUUUCCUUCUUCUCCCUGUUUCUAUCACAACAACAUUAAGGCUGAUCUCAAAGCUCCAUUAGCCUCCAAAAUAGGAGUGUAUGUGGAUCACAGUGCAGGAACUCUGUCCUUCUACAGCGUCUCUGGCGACACGAUGAAGCUCCUCCACAGAGUCCACACCACAUUCACUCAGCCUCUGUACGCUGGGUUUGGGUUCGACUGGGUUGACUCUGCUAUGAGAUUGUGUGAUCCAAAAUAAAGUGUGUAGUGUUUUGUGUAAAAUUCCUGCACAUUGUCACAUUGUUGCUCAGUCAUCUGUCUCACUAACACACAAUCCAGCUGCACAAACAGCUCAGUAAUUUAACACAGCGACAAUUAAAGAGUAAAUAUUAACACUGAAUA